AAUGAAUGGCAUAAAUAUCAUAUACGUAUACCUAAUAUAUGUAUACAUUGGUAGUAUUUCUAUGGAAGAUUCGCUUCUUAAAACUCCAAACAAGCGCCUUAAAGGACAUAUCAUGGAAGAACUUUCACCACUUGGUCUGAAGAUGUGCUUGAGGGAGUGUUCUGUUAGAACAAUAUGUAAAUCUCUAAAUUUUGGUCGGAAUACAUUAACAUGUGAAUUGUCAUCCUCUGAUGCAGAAUCACAUCCGGAGGACUUCCUUCACGACUCAGAAUAUAUAUAUACUGAAAAAAUGAAGAAACCACAGAGAUACUUCAAAGAAUGUAACGAAUCUUGUUCAUCGGGUACCAAAUGUGUCAAUACAGCUUCAGGUCCAGCUUGUAUAAUAUCUGAUUGCCCUGGUAGACAUCCAGAUUAUCAGGACACCACUGUUUUUGUGAAUUCAACUAGAGUCGGUACAGUUCUAAAAUAUAAGUGUAUAAUGCACCCUCAUUUCUCUCUUGUCUCAACUUGCUUACCUAAUGGGACGUGGACUUCUCAGUCAGAUCAAUGUACUACAACUCCAGCAUGCUUCAACAGUGAUACAUCCUGCUGGAUUAAGGUCAAUUUUCCCUACAGCAGUCAUUACUCCUCCUGUGGUGGAACGCAGUAUAUAAAGAAGACAAACUAUACAUCAGCUCCCUAUGUUGGCAUUCUUCUUUGUUCAUAUUCAGAAAUGUAUUACCAAUACAAGAUAAUGUUGGGAUCAGAUAUUUCUAGCACAUUCUAUGAUAUAGCUGAUCUGUCAGCUGCAGGAGCUGGAAAGGAUCAUUGCGAGUUAGUAGGAGGGAAAGAGAAUGGAUCAUACUCUAAUUGCUAUUAUACAAUUAAUACCGGUGUGAAAGGCAGAGGUUAUUACAUUUUCAGUGUUUCUUGUUUAUCUAAAGAAAAAGGGGAUGUAGGAGAUAGUAGGAAUGUAGGAGUUUAUUACAGAAACUUUUCUGGACAGGAAUUCAUAUUUGGGGAGGUGAAAGAAAACCUGGCCCAUUGCAUCAGCUCUUACUAUAUGUGCAGAGUCGUUCUACCAGUUUUACCCGAACCAAAGUGCUUUAACACCUCUGACUCCUGUUGGUAUCGGUACGACUUUGCUCAUGAUAAAAAAUGGAAUGGCUGCCCUGAUGGAGAACGGUACAUCAAGAAAACCAAUUCCACAUCAGCACCAAUAGUAGGAAUUAUACGAUGCUCCCAGGAUAGAUAUCAGUUGUAUUUGGGAGCUAGUAAGACAGACAUAUUCCUAAAUAUUGGUGAUAGUAAUGGCAGCGGUGAAGAUGUUUGUAAACUUGUUGGAGGACUGAAAACUAAAAUUGUAACAGCAAACGAUUCUGGCAACGCACCAACAAUGAAAGGUUAUUGUCAAUCGGAACUUGGUCAAGAAUUUGUAAUCGGUAACAUUGGUCCUCAUACUGGAUGUUAUAGUAAUUCCUGGUAUCAAUGUGGUGUGAGUCUUCCAGUUGGGUGGUACAAGUACAACGUUUCUGUCAUGAACAAUGGUUGGAACGGAUGUUCCUUUGGUGUGUCGUACGUGCGGAAUUCGACAAUUGACUCCAUGCCUUUCGUAGCUGCAUUCGUCUGUAACGAUCACGGGAAUAUGAGAUAUAAACUCUUUGGAGGUUCGAGUUUAUCUGGUAAUUUUAUGGAUAUAUUCCGCUAUAACUCUUGUGAAAAUAACUGUGAUUUGGUAUAUGGUUACCCCUAUGACGAGGUGCGGUCUUCUUCUCGUUCUGGCCAUUGCAAAUCGGACGAUUAUAAUAACAUUCAAGGUUAUUGUCGAAACAGUAACUAUUGGCAGUUUACCUAUGGCGUUACUGGAUGCCCUUCCAGUUAUUAUUGGUGGUACUCGCUCGAUUACAUCGAAUGUGGAAUUGAGAUUCCUUGA